AUGGCAGAGCGAGGGGGCCGGGGUCAUCCAGGGCCAGGCUCCACCUGCGACGCGCGUUGCUCAGCCCCGGGCAGACGCGGGCGCCGCGCCAGGGGAAGAAGCGGGGACUCGGGCGCGGCCCCUUUAAGGCGGCUCCUGCCCGCUGGGGGCGAUGAGGAGCUGCCGGGACAGAGGAGCCAGGCGCAGCCUGACAGCCCCAGAACGGAUCCCAGCAUGGAGCUGACACAGCAGCCUGUGCCAGCUUUGCCUAUCCAAAUACACACCACUGGCAUCAGACCAGGGCUGGCUGGCUUCCCCUGAGAUGAUCUGAAGAGGAGCUGGAGAAGGAAGAGCUUGUUUAAGAUGACACGAACCGACCCACCUGACAUACUGGUGUCUAUGGUGUAUCAAGACCUAGAGGUGAAGUGCCCAGCACCCAGGGAUUCCAUCGUCUGCCAGCCACUGACACAAUGUGACGCCUUCAUGUCUGCAUCUCUGCCGCGCAACCUGCAGCCCUUCAACAAGCGCCACUGUAGGAGCUUUGACUUUCUUGAGCCGCUCGACGACCAGCUGGCCCCUGCUCCUGCUAUGCAGCGCCCCUGCCGGCACCCAGGCACCCCCGAGCCUUCCUCAGGCUCCGGAGGCAGAAAGGCUCCUCCCAGGUCGGACGUUCAGAACAACAGGCCUCCCCCUCACGGGAGGGAAGGCCCCAAGGAGCCAUUGGCUCGGGCGGAGCCAAAGAGGCGAGCGAGGUCCAAGAGCGCCCCACGGGUGAAAUCCACGUUCACUCCCAUUCCCAUCCAGAUGUCGUCCUCGUCUCCCCCUGUGCCAGCCAGGCAGGGACGGGAGGCUCUGCGUCUCUCCAGGGAGCCUGCGAGGAUGGAGAUGUCCCCGCGUAGGGGGAGCGGAUACGCGCCAAUGAAGGCCCCAAUGAACGAGGUGCACCCCAUCAAGCUGCAGCCCCAGCGGAGCAGCACCAGCCGCAUCUCCCCACUGUGUGUCAGCAGCAACUGCCCGGAGGAGGCCCCAGGUGGGAGGCCGGCCACAAGCCUGCAUGUCAAGUGCCGGAUGGACAUGAAGCCAGACGAGGCAGUGCUGGUGCAUGCGGCACGCAGCCUGAAGGCCCAGAGCAGGAUGGAGGUGCCAUACUGGCCGAGGCUGCCCUGCGCUAUCCGGAGCCUGACCAUCCCAAGCAGCAGGCAGGUGUCUGUGUCCCGCACUCCCACACCCAGCGACUCCUACAGCGGGGAGCACAGGCUGCCCUACCCCAACGAAUACUACGAAGGUGACCCCCGAGGCCGGGUUUACCAAGCCAUGCCCUGCCCGCAAGACUAUCCCGAGAGGGGCUGUAUGACCUUCUCCACUCCAAAUGUGCCCACCAAGUUCUUCUACAUGGAGGAGCCAGCCGGGUGCCCUGGCCCUGGCAUUCCACUGAAAAGCUCUGGCUAUGAGGAGUGCCCUCGCCCAUACCCAGGGCAUCACUUCCCUCCACAGCCCUUCUACGCAGAGGACCCAGCCAAAGGUAAUAUUCACACCAUCCCACCCAGGACUCUCUACAUGGAAGAAGCUCGGACCUACCCCAUCCAGGAAGCCCCUACCCACACCUUCUACAGAGAAGACCCUCAAUUCUACGCCUCCAGGGGCAUGCCCACCAAACCCCUCUAUACAGAGGACCCCAGGGUAUACCCCGCUCUGAACACCUCCUCCCGGUUGUUCUACACUGAGGAUUAUGGCAAAUACCAUGAGAGAGAAUCCAUUUCGCGGACGUACCCUCAUGCCCGUAGCACCCAGCCUUUGCAGUUCAGCGACUGGUACUGCCCGGACCGGGGUGCACUGCCCUACCACUUGCAGAUGUCCCGCUUUGCACCUCAUCCCUCUGGGCAGGAGGCCUUGCUUUCCUCUUGGCAUGCCAGCUACAGCACCAACCAACCCCGCCUAGGUACAGACACCCGGCAUUACUCCAAAUCCUGGGACAACAUCCUGGCACCCAGUGUCCGCAGGGAGGACCCCAUGUUCCGCGGGCGCAGCUAUGAGAACCUGCUCACCCGGGAGCAGUACCGUGCCUUAUCCCCUGAUGACCGGCGGCAGCCCGUGGUUAUCAACCUGUCCAGUUCCCCCAAGCGCUAUGCAGCGCUCUCCCUCUCGGAGAACUCCAUCAUGGAGAAGAUGCAGGCAGACGGUGGGCGGUGCCCCUUGGGCCGCUCCUGGUUUGUCACCCCAGAAAUCACCAUCACCGACAAUGACAUCAAAGCCAAUGGUCUGAGCAAGACCGAGAAGCGCUCGGCCAGCUGGGAUGUGCUGGAUUCUGGGCGGGAUGGGCAUCGCUCCCGCACCACACACUGCUACUCAGAUCCCACUGCCAAAGAGAGCACCCAAAGCAGCUCCGCCCGCCAGUGCAGCCUGGAGCAGCUGGAUGAGCUGAUCACAGACCUGGUCAUCGAUUCCAAGCCCCCGCCCAGCCGCCGCCCCAGCAACGGGGACAGCCUGACAGACCAGCUCAAGAGGCUGAUUGACAACGGAGCGCCCGGGCCCGCCAGGAAGCUGGAGGCCAGGAAGCCACUGCCUUUAUUGGUGGGGGAGCCCAGGCCCACCAAAGAGCAGCCGGGCCCGAGUUCCUUCCACAGAGACGUACGCAAGGAGCAGGGUGGCCGCUCACUUGCCAUGUCUGUCUCCAGCAGCAGCUUUGAGAAGCAGCAGGAUGACUGCUCCCCGGAGCUGAGUGCGGAUGAGGACGACAUGAUGAUGUGCUCGAAUGCCAAGUGCAGGCGCACGGAGACCAUGUUCAAUGCCUGCCUCUACUUCAAGUCCUGCCACAGCUGCUAUACGUACUACUGCUCCCGGAGCUGCCGCCGUGAGGACUGGGACAUCCACAAGGAGAGCUGUAUCUAUGGGCGUAUCGGGAGCAUCUGCCGGCACGCUCUGCAGUUCUGCCGGGAGAAUGCCGAGGUGCACAAGGCCUUCUCGCGCAUUGCCAAGGUGGGGUACCUGUCCCGGGGGCGAGGGGUGCUGUUCCUGGGCUUCCCCAGCUCAGGCUCAGCUGAGAACUUCCUCCAGUUUGGCUUGGAGAGCCUGCUGAUGUCCCCCACCUAUCUGUCCCUGCGGGAGCUGGAGGGCUACGCAGAGAGCCUGGGGGAUUACGCCCGGGAGCUGGGGGUGGCUGGCAUCCAGUAUGACCCUGAGGAAUGUUUCCUCUUGAAUGUAACAGUGGCUGUUGGACAAAAAGUGCCAGUGAGGCCAUCUCCCAAGGUCCAGGUGCCGACAGUCAGGAAAUAUGCCAAGGUGGCCUUAGCCUCCUCCAGCCCCGAGAAGCAGAUCUUGAAGAAGGAGCGGGACAUGGAGACCUUGAUCCUGACCCCCCCGCCUGGCACGGCGGACAUCGACAAGGAGGGGGAGGAAGGGCGGAAGGCCCGGGAGGUCUGCUUCAUCAACAUUCAGCGGGAGCUGCGGAUCCGAGGUGUCUUCCUGCGCCAUGAGUUCCCCAAGAUCUACGAGCAGCUGUGCGACUUCGUGGAGAGUAACAAGAGGUUCACGCCCACCACCAUCUACCCCAUUGACAGGCGGACCGGGAAGCAGUUCAUGUGUAUGAUCAUGGCCGCCUCUGAGCCACGGACCCUGGACUGGGUCGCCAGCCCCAACCUCCUGGACGACCUCAUGUGACCAGUGCUGCCGCGCCACACAGGCCUCCUCUUUAUUCCUCUUUGUAGACAGGUAUUUUACUAUUGACGCACUAAACUGGUCAGUCAGAAUCUUCCCAUCGUUUCUAGCAGAUACCUGUUGGCGCGUGGAUCCCGGGGAGGCCUGGCAAAGAUGCUGUCCUAACAGGGCAGCAACAGAUCCAUGGACUCCAUGGGGCUCAGGCCACCUGCCUCUGUGGCCACUGGCUAGUCAGGGCAGGAGCGGCUGAGCUUAGAUUCUGGUUGGUCUGGUGGGGAUAGAGGGGUGGGGCUGGCCCUGUCGCAUGAGAUUGCCAUGAGGAGAGGGCUGCUACGGGAGGGUAACUCCAGUGCCAGAGGUCUCUCUCUCAGUGAGGUUCUUUUACUGCCUUCUCUUUGUUUAACCUGAUUCCAGCUGGGCUUGGCCAGGCACAGGGCAACAAUUGACUGGCCCUGCAGCUGUUCAAACAACAGUUGAGUGUAGAAACCCGCAGCCCUGCCUGUUCCUACUCCCUAAAUCUGACCACUAGACAACAUGGCUACCUCUAAGCAAGUGUGGCCAGAGCAGUCAUUUUAAGCUCCCUGCCAUGCCCACUCCAGCCCUCUGCCUAGACGCCAAACUUGCCCAUAGCGGCUCUCAAGCGGACAGUUCUUCUCCCCCCUCCCAUCGCUGCUUUGUUUAAUUCUGGAGACAGCCAGGAAGGGGCAUGUUUUCAACCUGGCCUCUGCAAAUAGGCCCAGUGUCCUAGCACAGCGGUUCCCAUUUGUCUGCAUGGCUGCAUAACUGUACAUGGAAGGGGACUCAGAGCCAUGGCUUGGCACAUGGGGGUAAGUGCAGAGGGGGCUUGGGAGCAUCCUAGGCGCUUUGGAUUGUGCAGACACAUUUUGUGUCUCUCAUUGAAAAUUUGCCCAGUGUGUUUGAGUCUCUAUAUAGCAUGUUAUAUGGUAUGAGUCUCUAUACCUGGGCUCUGUAUGGGAUGAGUCUCAGAACAGCCUGCAGGCUACACGGACUCUAUGCAGCAUGAGGCUGUAUACAGCAGUGGCAUAGCCAGGAUGGGACAUUUGGUGGGCUCCAACUUCGGGUGGGCAGGCAAUGAUGGGGUGGAGGGAGGAGGAGGAAUCAGGGCCCACCUACCCCCUCUAGCCAGCCUUGCUGGGGUCGAUGGAUGCUCUGGCCGGGGCCCCCGGGGCCCAGGCACGCACCCAGCCCUGGGAGGAGACUCCACUCUCCAGCGGCAAUGGCUCCUGUCCCUGACCCACGCCCCCACAUCGGGCCUGGCCUCCUAAGCAGAAGACCUACCUUUUUUGAGGAUUCCUCUGCCUCCACUGGGUCACCUGAAGCUCACCCUCCUCCUAGUGGCAGAUUAACCACUGGGCCAAAGGGGCAUGUCCAAGGGCCCCAGCCAAUUGGAGGGCCCCAGAAAAACGGGCUCCACUGCCGGGGAGCGGGAUUCGGGUGUGGGGGCUUGCCCCGCUCUGCCCACCUGAUGCUCCAGCUGGGGAGUGGGAGCAGGACACUGGGGCUUUCCCUGACCCCACUCCCCAGCUGCAGCGUUGGACGGAACAGGGCAAGCCCCCCGUGCUCCAACUCCACUCCCCAGUUGGAGCACCGGGCGGGUGGAUGGAGCUGGGCAAGAGCCUGACCCUGCUCCCUAGCUGGAGUGCUGGGCGGGUGGAGUGGGGUAAACCCCUGACACUUCCCUGGUGGAGUGCUUGGCGAAGCGGAGAAAGCCCCCCGCUGCCCACAGGAGCACUGGGCAGGUGGAGCAGGGCAAGCCCCUGUCCCAACCCUGCUCCGCGGCUGGAGUGCUGGGCGGGCAGGCAAGGUGGGACGAGCUGGGGCCGGAACAGAGCUGGGGGGCAGGAUGCUAAGUGGGUGGGCCACGGCCCUCCCAGGCCCACUCAUGGCUACGCCCCUGCUGUACAAUGUGGGCUCUAUACGAUAUGAGGCUCUAUACAGUGUGGGCUCAUUAUGGGCGCUAUACAAUAUGAGGGUCAAUACAGUGCACUCUAUACAGUGUCUAUACAGUAUGAGUCUACAGUGGGCCCUGUAGAUGGUCUUUAUACAGCAUGCGGCUCUAUACAGGUGCACUCUGUUGGUCUCUAUACAGUAUGAGGCUCAAUGUGGUCUCUAUGCAGUAGGCAUUCCCUCUCCUCAGGCCUGUGCACAGCUGCCCACCUGUCCACAUGACACUGCUUCCACUUGCCAAAUCCCUGUGGUCCCUCUCCAGCCCUCCCAAGUGCCUUAGUCAGUCUCAGCUGCCUACACGAGGGCCCCAUUCUGUGUUGGCGCUGAGCUCUCCCUGCCCCCUGGUGAGAGUGGGGGACCCCAGACCUCCUUGGGGUGCUCAGGCCUGUGAGUGCCGCGUGGAUGGGGGAGGACGCUCUUGCUUAUGCCAGGCCAGUGUGGGAAUCUGCCAGUGCCUGACUUAGGUACUUAGGAGGCCGUGAGGGGUAAAAGUUCCAAGACACCUGAUGCACUUUAUCUGUACGGACAAUAACCCACUUCCAGGGCAAGGCAGCAGCGGCAGCCCCCCGUUCUCCUCCAGUAGUAAGGCUCAAGCCCACCUCCGUCCUCUCUAUUGCAGCAGGUCAUUCCCACCCCUCCCUGCAUAACUGAGCAGGGAGCCUGGUACCCAACCUGGCCAUAGUGCAAAGCCAAGGAACAGCACUGAGAGGGCUGCGCUCCCUGGGUCCCAAAGACGUGUGUGGCCAGCUCCUCUGAGAAUGGAGGGGCCCCAGCCGGUGGGUCUGGGCUGGCUGCUUAUAGUGCAGGAGUCUGGUGCUGUGCUCUGCUGGGGGAGCUGGGGCCCUGGAAGCCAGGGGGCUUAGGCGUUUCCAGUGAAUCCUGGCCCCCCAUGUUGCAGCAGGAUCUAGGAGCGAAGUUGCCUCUUUGCAUUCUCUCGAGAAUAAAACUCCUGAGACAGGCCCAGGAGGAGAGCUCCUCCUGCCCCCAGGCUGCCCUUGCCUACAUCUCAUUCAGCACCCUAUGCCUGGGGAGAACUGCAGAAGAGUGGACUGUUUCUGGCAGCGUCUACACUGCUCCUCCUCUCUGGGCAUCACCAUGCUGUCUGGGUCCCCCAGGGGGCUCAAACCCAUCUGGAGUUUUGCUUAAUUUGGUCUUCUCAGUGGAAUUCAAAGCCGUGUUGCCACUUCCUGCUCCUGAACUUCACUGGCCAUAUUAACUAGCCCUGAUCCUAGUGCAGGGCUCCCUAGCCAUUCAGCCUCCUUCCCAGUGGCCGAGGCAGGGCCUGAGCCAAGAGCUUUGAAAAUCCCAGUAAUUCUUUCUCUGAGCUCCAGCCAUGGUCCUGGGAUCAAAAUGGCCCCAGAGCACGGCCUUCCGGACACAUCGGGCCACUCCAUCUGCUCCUUCGAGCGGGAUGGGCCUGGUUUUCCCCUAGGGAGGCUGCGCUGCUUUGAGCCCAGCUGGCUGAGUGUGCGCUCUGCCUACAAGUGAGCCUCCCUCUUGUAAUGCCCAGGGUUCCCCUGGCUCCCGGUCCCCAGGGCAGUGCCAAGCUGUAAGGGGAAUUGCAGGUGUUCAUGGCCGUACCCUGAUCCCUGUGACAUCAGGGCAGAGACGGGCGCUGCCUGGCAUGCAGCGACUCCAGGCGUCGGUGAGCUCAGGCUGGCCCAGGGUCUGGCUGUAGGGCGCUGGAUGCUACCAGUACCCCAGCCUUCCUUUCUUGGGGCUGGGCUGGACCUGGUGAUUUCAAAUGGCACCUGGGUGGAGGGCUGGAUUUGCCCACUCAGCCCCCUUGUGCCAUUGAUCCAAACAAGAACCCCAGAACCAGCCCCUCAGACACCAAGCCUGAGCCAGCCAGCCUUUAUCCUCGCAGGGGAUUGCAGAUCCAACCCUCCCUGCCCUUUGCAUGUGGGCCCACUUUGACCUUGGCCUUGUGAACCUGGCUCUCUCUGGCUGGCCCCCCUGCCUGGGCACUCCCUGAGGCUUGGUCUACACUGAAAGCUACGUUGGUCGGGCUGUGAAAAAUCACCCCUUCCCCCCUCCCUCUCAGCAACACAGCUAGGCCAGCAAAACCCAGUGUAAGGACAGCUGUGGCGGAGGAAGAGGGCAUCUGCAGGCCAGCUAAUGUCAGUCAGGGAGGGAUAAGCUGCGCCACAUGAGGGGGCUCCGCACUGGAGACAGCGGGAGCCCAGCAGCCAGCCACUAUCUGUGUUCCUCUCUGCAAGGGGCAGGAAGCCUCAGCCCCCCGCCCCGCCCAGACAUUGCCGCCCUCUGCCCAGCUCCUCGGUAAGGAGCCAGUGUCUCCUGAGCCAGGAUUUAUCCUGCUGUGCGCCAGCCCCUGCUUGCAGUGGCUCUCCAAGGGGCCACCUUCCUGGAACAGCCUCUUAAUUAUGGUAAUGCUCCGCAGGCCUUGCUCUGGCUUCAGGACUUGCUGCACCAGCAGCCCUUGGCUUUAUUUGGGGAGGCUCCUCUAUGGGGCCGUGCAGAGAGCAGCACAGGCACUCCACUUUCCAGCCUGCACCUUACGCACCAGCCUGCUGCAGGGAAAGCUCUGCUCGCUCUGGCUUGGGCUGGGGGAGCAGAUGUCUCCCUGCGCUGCAAAGGGAGGCUGUGAUCUUUGCCAGGGAGCUCCUGCCCUAAGCCGGGCCCACUCCUGAGUGACGGGAGCUGCUUACUGCAGGGCCCCAGGGCCCAAACAAGCAAGAUCACAAAGAGCAAUCCUGGGGGCAGAUCAGAGUGCUGCUGUACUGGUCCCUUCCAGGGCUGCAAACAGUCCAGCAAGUUCAGGGUUAAAUUAACUCCACCACAUGCCUUUGCACCUCCCUGGCAUUGGAUGGCCACAGUGCCAGCUGGGGGCUGUUUUUCCUCUUCUCCCAUUUAUUGCCAUCUCUGAGUGUGCCAAGGACUGGGCUAGCAGGGCAGCCGCUCAGGUGGUGCUCUGCAGCAGCCACCCCAUGGUUUCAAAGAUGUUAAAGCUGUGUUGUGAAGGGAGGUCUCUGUUUGGGGGAUGCAGACACCUGCAGGGGGCAGGGCAGGUGCUUUCAGGGAAAGUGCCAAAUGUUUUCUGGUUACACUUUUAGCUGAAGUCCAGCGCGGCUGUUGAGUUGGGAGGGGAGGAGAGUGAACGCUGGCGUGCAGGGGGCGUGGCAUGGAUGUUCAUGUGGCAUGUGCUUGGGGCAGGGAUUGUACAAGGUACAGGCAUGAGGUGGGCAUGGAUUACGUGUGCUUAUGGGAUGGAUGUUUGUGCCUGCACACAGAGUGGGCAUGGAACAGCCCUGCUAGGAGGAACCUGGCUCUGAGGAGUGGGGGUGGCCUGUGUUUUAAAGAAGAGGGGCUGAAGGGGGUUUCCCAGGGGCCGCCCAGCUUGGGCAGUCCUUAUGGCAGAGGCUGGGUUCAGGAUGCAGUUUCUCUGGAGGGGCUGCAGUGUUUGCACGCAGAGCUGGAAAUCAGCUGGGCCUAGUGUAAAUACAGCACCACUGACUGCCCCCUGCCCACAGGCCGGAGCCAGGCGCUGUCCUGUGGGAGCUCGCCCCGUCCUGCCAUGCAGAGGGCAUCCCCGGAGCUCCCUGCUGGUGGGCUGGGAGGCCAAAGCUCAGGCAUGAGCAGCAGUGAGCUGGUGCAGAACAGGUUCUCCCAGGGGGUGCAGGCACAGGGCACAGAGGAUGCAUGACGAGCACCCCUCACUCUGGCAUCCCUGCCAUUGCGCUGGUGCUGGAGUUGCUGCCAGGUCCAGGCAGCAGGUGACUGCCUUGUGAGGAUGCUCACAGCUGCUGCCAUCCUUGUUUCUCCUCUGUCCCAGAAAAGGAGCUUGGACGCUUGCCAGCUUCGGCUCACUGCCAAAUCCUGCCUGGGAGCAUCUCCAGCCCGUAGCGGGAUCCCUGCACAUGCUGCAGGGCUGUGUGCUGGGGGAGCUCUUCCAGAGCUCCCCCUCUGCUGGCUCCAGGCACAUAUGCGUGCACCUUCUCCUCAGGGCGCUCCCUGUUGUAACGUGGGGGGGGGCAGGGAGGGAAGGCUGAGGGGAUGGAGGGCCAUGGGAGGCCCCUCACUGCAGCCAGGACGGGUAUCUCAGGAUCAGGUCCCUUGCCAGCCUUAGACUAAUGAAUUCAUUGCAGCCCAGCAGCUCUAACUCUCAGCCCCUACCCUGCUGCGGCACUACCCAGCCAACUUGUUGUUUGAAGCCAGUUGCCUGUGUGCCCCCCAAAACUGGCAUGUUAGUUGAGAGCCCAGGGAGCUCUGCUAGACCCUCUCGUUUCUGCCCUGCAGCAGCAGGUGCUACCUAUCCUUCCCAAGGCAGGCCCGAGCUGCGGGGGCCAUGGGAUUUCCUGCUGGGGCCCUCACGUGUGCUAGCCUGUCCAUGACACCAGCCUCGGGGUCCCAGUGAAGUGCCCCAGGCUGUGGCAGUGCCUGGGUCAGGGAUAGGCCGAGCCGGGGGCCACACAAGAGUCUUAGUCUCUUUGGAGUCCAGGGAGCUUCUGCUCAGCCCAGCUACUUCCUUCGGACUCCAGCACUGCCCCCAACACAGCAAACCUGCUCCCAUGGCUGGAGCUCCCCAUGGGGUCGGCCUGCCCAUCCUAACCCCAAAUGCCCAAGCUCCAGAGCCAGGGGCCGGCAAGCCACCAGCUGGCUGGCGGUUGAGCGCUGCAUUGGAGCAGGAGGGGUGGAGCUGCCCAGUUACCUGAGCAUGGGCAAGAAGAAUUUGAGGGCCCCUGUAAGGCAUGCUGGAGCUGGGGCUGCUGGCUUGAAUGGUUUCCAUCAUCUAUAGAAUUCACAGUUUGGUUUAGUGGCUCUCAGCACCCCCACUAUACAAGUUGUUCCAGUGCCCCUGGGUGCAGCAAGCCCCUGCCAUGCAGCCAGCCAGGCCCAGAAUGGGGCAGUCAGGAGCCGUGGCUCUGCCUACUUGCCAGGCCUCCCCAGUCCUUGGCAAUGAGCUCCUCCCCGUGCUCCAGUCCCAAAGGACGACAAGGGACGAGCUGUCACUGGCCUCUCCUGGUUCCGUUGCUCAGCUGAGCUCCACCACCAUCCGAGGGCUGAACCAUGUGGGCUGACAGCAACAGACAGCAGGGGCCCCUCCCUACAUCCCGCCUCCACCAGAGUGCCCACCCUGGCCUGCGGGGAUACGGCCACUCGCUCCUGGGCCAGCGGGCCCACUAGUGCCAAGUGAAAUGGGUGGGUUUGUUGUCUGAGCCCCUCCCCUUGCUGGAUGCAUCUGAGAGCCUUCUGCGCCCCUGCUUUUGGUGGGAUCCUGCCACUAGUC